UUUAUUGUAAUACCAUAAUUGUAGGGAACUUUAAAACCCCAUUUACAUCAAUGGAUAGAUCAUGCAGACAGAAAAUCAAUAAGGCAACUGUAGCUUUGAACAACACUAUGGACACUUUAAAAAAUGGUACUGGGGCUGCCUUGGGCACCUGAAGGAGACUUGGGGACUCUGGGGCUGCACGGUCUGGGUGGUUGCGAGUCACUGCUGCCUCCGCUGCUGCCGCCAGAGCCCGUACUCCAUGAGGAAGAUGCUCGCUGUGGUCUCCCAUGUGUUGUCGGGCGUCACCCAGAAGCCGGCAAGCAGAGUGCUGGUGGCAUCCCGUAAUUUUGCAAAUGAUGCUACAUUUGAGAUCAAGAAAUGUGAUCUUCACCGGCUGGAAGAAGGCCCUCCUGUUACCACACUGCUCACCCGGGAGGAAGGGCUCAGAUACUACAGGAUGAUGCAGACAGUCCACAGAAUGGAGCUGAAGGCAGAUCAGCUGUAUAAGCAGAAAAUUAUUUGUGGUUUCUGUCACUUGUGUGAUGGUCAGGAAGCUUGUUGUGUGGGCCUGGAGGUUGGCAUAAAUCCUACAGACGAUCUCAUCACAGCCUAUCGGGCUCAUGGCUUCACCUUUACUCGAGGGCUUUCUGUCCAAGAAAUUCUCACAGAGCUUACAGGACAAAGAGGAGGCUGUGCUAAAGGAAAAGGAGGUUCAAUGUAUAUGUAUGCCAAGAACUUUUACGGGGGCAAUGGCAUCAUCGGAGCUCAGGUGCCCCUGGGAGCUGGGAUUGCUCUGGCCUGUAAGUAUAAUGGAAAAGAUGAGGUCUGUUUGACUUUAUAUGGCGAUGGCGCUGCUAAUCAGGGUCAGAUAUUUGAAGCUUACAAUAUGGCAGCUUUGUGGAAAUUACCUUGUAUUUUCAUCUGUGAGAAUAACUGCUAUGGGAUGGGGACAUCUGUUGAGAGAGCAGCAGCCAGCACCAAUUACUAUAAGAGAGGUGACUUUAUCCCUGGGCUGAGGGUAGAUGGAAUGGAUAUUCUAUGUGUCCGGGAGGCGACAAGAUUUGCAGCUGCCUAUUGUAGAUAUGGAAAGGGGCCCAUACUGAUGGAGCUACAGACUUACCGUUACCAUGGGCACAGCAUGAGUGAUCCUGGAGUCAGUUACCGUACCCUGGAAGAAAUUCAGGAAGUAAGAAGUAAGAGUGACCCCAUCAUGCUUCUGAAGGAUAGAAUGGUGAACAGCAAUCUUGCCAUUGUUGAAGAAUUAAAGGAAAUUGAUGUUGAAGUGAGGAAAGAGAUUGAGGAUGCCGCUCAGUUUGCCACAGCUGAUCCCGAACCACCUUUGGAAGAACUAGGCCAUCAUAUCUACUGCGGUGAUCCGCCUUUUGAAGUUUGGGGUACAAAUCAGUGGAUCAAGUUUAAGUCUGUCAGUUAAUGGGAACUCUGUGUU